GCUUCCAUGCCGAGCUGUCGAUGUCCAAUCUUCACAUGCGCUCUCUUUCAAGGCUAGCAUUUGAUACGCUCUUACACUUCAAACCAAACUCCAUUCACCAUAUCAAACAGCUUCACGCCCACUUGAUCACGAAUGCUCUCAGUUCACCCUCUCUUCUCGCCAAACUCAUCCACCAUUACUGCGCUUUCUCAUCUCCGCACUGCGCAUACACAUUCUUCAUACACUUGCGCUCUCCAAACCUCUUUCUCUUCAAUACUUUGAUCAAAUGCCUCCCACCCAGGAGCUCUAUUCUCGUUUUUGCCGACUGGGUCUCUCGGGAAGCCUUGGUUUUCGAUGAUUUCACCUACAUUUUCGCUCUUGGAGCUUGCGCUCGGUCACCGUCUUUGUGGGAAGGGAGGCAGAUACAUGCCCGGAUACUGAAACAAGGUGUUUGGUCCAAUGUUUUGGUGCAAACUACGGCCAUACAUUUCUAUGCAAACAAUAACGAUGUGGCUUUGGCAAGGCUUGUUUUCGAUGAAAUGCGUAAGAGAAGUAGUGUUACAUGGAAUGCGAUGAUAACAGGAUACUGCUCCCAAAGAGGAAAAGUUGUAUGCUAUGCACGCGAUGCGUUGGUGCUGUUUCGGGCCAUGUUGGUCGAUGCUUGUGGCGUAAAACCGACGGAUACUACUAUGGUUUGUGUUCUCUCCGCGGCUUCUCAAUUGGGUGUGCUUGAAACCGGUGUUGGUGUGCAUGGUUAUAUAGAGAAGACGGUGUUGGCUCCUGCGAACGAUGUUUUUGUUGGUACUGGGCUUGUUGAAAUGUACUCCAAAUGCGGGUGUUUGGGCAGUGCUCUGUGCAUUUUUGGGGGAAUGAAGGAAAGGAAUGUCUUGACUUGGACGGCGAUGAUAACUGGGCUAGCCAGACAUGGGAGAGGGAAAGAAGCAUUAGAACUUUUGGACGAGAUGGUGGCCUAUGGUGUGAAGCCUAAUGCAGUGACUUUCACUAGCUUGUUUUCUGCUUGUUGCCAUGCUGGGCUUGUGGAGGAAGGCCUUCAGUUGUUCCACAGCAUGCGGAGUAAGUUCGGAGUGACGCCUGGAAUUCAACAUUACGGCUGCAUAGUUGACCUUCUUGGCCGCGCUGGGCAUCUGAAGGAAGCCUACGAUUUUGUAAGGGGAAUGUCAGUGGAACCCGACGCCAUCUUGUGGAGGAGUUUGCUAAGUGCAUGCAAAGUUCAUAGGGAUGUUGUGAUGGGUGAGGAGGUUGGGAAGCUGCUUCUGCAGCUCCAGCCACAGCAAAGUUUUGCUGAUUUGGUAGCUGCUAGUGAAGACUUUAUAGCAUUGUCGAAUGUUUAUGCUUCUGCAGAAAGGUGGGAGGAUGUGGAGACGGUGAGAGAGGCAAUGAAGGUUAAGGGGAUAGAAACUAAACCUGGCUGCAGUUCAGUUCAAACCAGUGGCUAAAGCUUCUCCUUGCUGGGC